AUUUCAACUUCUCUUUCACAGUCCUAUCCUCGCUGCACUCCUAUCCUCGUUGCAGGUCUUAUACGGAAACCCCGUGAUCGAAUGACAAUAAAGAUUGCACCUUUUCCCCCCCAACCCUAACCCUAGCCAUCGUCUUCCACAAGAAAAUCUUGGCCAGAAAUUUCCCGGUUCUCCUCGGCGCAGGAGAAAUCCGCAGUGGGUAUCGCUUGAAUCUCCCAAGAUUUACGAAGGGUGCUGUCCCAAAUGAAGCACAUUGACGAUGUGUCGUCGUCCUCCCCUGGGAAGUUGAAGGAGAAGUCUCAUUACAGCAGGGUUAGACUCCAUUCUUCCAUUGCCAAGCUCACUUUUUGGUCCUUUGUGUUCUUGGCUCUGAUCUAUGUCUUCUUCAGAGACCCUUCUUCUACUGCUACUUCUGCCCCUGCAAAAUCCGAUCUUUACAGGAGGUCUCUCAGAACCAGCUUCAAUGGUGGCCCAGCUUGGGAGAGGAGAGUUAGAGCCUCUGCAAAGGCCAGUUCAAGAAGCGGCAUUACGGUUCUGGUCACAGGUGCUGCCGGAUUUGUUGGGACCCAUGUCUCUGUUGCCCUCAAACGACGUGGCGAUGGCGUUUUGGGGAUUGACAGUUUCAAUGACUAUUACGAGCAAUCCUUGAAAAGGGCCCGUCAGGAUCUUCUAGACCGCUCCGGUGUUUACAUAGUGGAGGGAGACAUCAAUGACUACAAGCUCUUGAAGAAGCUUUUCGGAAUUGUUCGGUUCACCCAUGUGAUGCAUUUGGCCGCGCAAGCAGGUGUGCGAUACGCCAUGAAGAACCCUGGCUCGUACGUCCAUAGCAACAUAGCAGGCUUUGUCAGCCUUCUUGAGGCUUGCAAGAAUGCCAAUCCUCAACCUUCUGUGGUGUGGGCAUCUUCAAGUUCUGUCUAUGGGUUGAACAAAAAGGUUCCUUUUUCGGAGAGGGAUAGGACAGAUCAGCCUGCAAGUCUCUAUGCUGCCACUAAGAAGGCUGGGGAGGAAAUUGCCCACACUUAUAACCAUAUCUUCGGGCUUUCUUUAACUGGAUUGAGGUUUUUCACUGUUUACGGACCUUGGGGAAGACCAGACAUGGCCUACUACUUCUUCACAAGGGACAUUCUGAAAGGAAAAAGAAUUCUUGUAUUCGAAGGGCCUAAUCACUCGACUGUCGCUAGAGAUUUCACCUACAUCGAUGACAUAGUCAAGGGCUGUUUGGCUGCAUUGGAUACUUCUGAGAAGAGUACCGGUAGUGGUGGUAAGAAAACCGGUCCAGCACAGCUGCGGGUGUUCAAUCUUGGAAAUACCUCUCCUGUUCCGGUGUCUGAGCUUGUGAGGAUCUUGGAGAGAUUGCUGAAGGUGAAGGCGAAUAAGAUAAUGAUGAAGAUGCCGAGAAACGGAGAUGUUCUUUACACCCAUGCUAAUAUCAGUUCUGCAGAGAGGGAGCUUGGGUAUAAGCCCUCAACUGAUCUCCAAACAGGGCUGAAGAAAUUUGUGAGAUGGUACCUUAGUUACUAUGGCAAUGGCAAAAGGAGUUCCCACUGAUAAGUUAUUCUUUGGACUGUGGUAAGGCCUUGUAAUUUUUCUUGGUUGGUUUAUUCUUAUUAGUAUACCAUGAUUUUUAACCCACGCUCUUCGUCCCCCUACGUUAUGAUGGCUUUAUUUUAUUAAUUAGUGAUAUAUGCCAUAAAUUAGAGCAGAUACAAUUUUAUGUAUCUAAUGGAAGGUUUCAAGUCAUAACUGUCAUUUUGU